GCAUUUUUAAAGCCGUAAUCGCAGGCGACGGCUUGGUCAGCUCUCGGAGCAUGCGCAGUCGGCGUAGACACGUUUCACGCGGUAGGAUUGCUUGUUUAUAUUGAAAUAAAACUGAGGUACCAGCUGCCUGCUGAACCGUUUUCCCGUCGAAAAUGGGUGGGCUUCUGAGCUACUUCAGAGGCUUGCUGGGCAGUCGGGAGAUGCGGAUCCUGAUACUGGGUCUGGAUGGUGCUGGGAAGACCACCAUUUUGUACCGGUUGCAAGUCGGCGAGGUUGUUACAACCAUUCCGACUAUUGGAUUCAAUGUUGAACAAGUUACAUAUAAGAACCUCAAGUUCCAGGUGUGGGACUUGGGUGGUCAGACAAGCAUCAGGCCAUACUGGCGGUGUUACUUUUCUAACACCGAUGCCAUCAUAUACGUUGUUGACAGUGCAGACAGGGACCGUAUUGGCAUAUCUAAAGAAGAACUAGUUUCCAUGCUAGAGGAAGAAGAGCUGAAGAAGGCUAUUCUUGUGGUUCUUGCCAACAAGCAGGACUUGGACGAAGCUAUGACAGUGUCCGAGAUACACUCAGCGCUUGGUCUAGAUGCACUGAAAAACCGAACAUUUCAAAUAUUCAAGACCUCCGCACUCAAAGGAAAUGGCCUGGACGAGGCCAUGGAAUGGUUAUCAAAUGCACUUACCAACAACAAGUGACCGACGAUCCAGCAAAGAGGGAGGCUUCAGCCACGCCAGUCCACCAUCAUUGUCACCUCAAAGUGUGCGUUUGUGGAGAAGUGUGGAAAAGAACAGUUCCUGGGGCUGCCGACAAAAAGCGAGAGGAGCAGCGGUGCAGGAGAACUGGCUCCGCACAGCUUGGCGGUGAGGCGCGUGGCCACACUUGCAUGCCACGCGUGGACCCUGGUGCACAUUGGGAAGAAGGCCCUGGAGUGCGUCGCUUCUUUGCCAUUCCCCAUCUCUAGUCUGUGCCGAGAGAGCGAGGAGAGCCGCAGUUUGUGUUUUUGCCCCCUUGCUGAAAGCUCCUCAGUAGCCCCGACAUGUCGGAAACAUUCCUGGCUGGCUGGUUGGUCGAUUUGUUUUGUAUCUUCUGGUUAGGUGACUGUGUAAUUGAAGCUUUUUUUUUUAUAUGUGUCUUUUAAGUCCAAGAUAAAGCUGAGCAUUUUUCUGUUGGA